AUGUUGGAUCCAAACGAAGAUACUGAAUGGAACGAUAUUUUACGUCAGAAAGGGAUUUUACCGCCUAAAAAGAUUGAACCUGAAGAAGAACUUCCUCUACCUCCAGAUCCAAAAUCUAUUUUAGAUAAAUUGACAUCAGAUGAGUUGGAUGAGAAACUUGAUUUAUUGGAAGAUGGAGAGAUUGAUGAUGAAGAGGCUCGUUUUCUUGAAGAAUAUCGACGUAAACGCAUUGCGAUGAUGCAGGAAGUGGCAUCAAAAUCUCGUUUUGGCAAUGUACGGGAAGUCACCAAAGCUGAUUGGACAACCGAAGUGACAAAUGCUGGUGAUAUAUUUGUUGUAAUCCAUGUUGGGGAAAAAGGGCAUGGAUUAUGCAGUUUAAUCGACCAACAUUUUCGUAAAUUAGCACAAAAAUUUCCCACAGUGAAAUUUCUUCGUGGUGAAGCUAGUUUAUGUAUUCCAAAUUAUCCAACAAGCAACUUACCAUCAAUUCUUAUCUAUAAAUCUGGUGAUUUAAAAGAACAGUUAAUUGGUCCUGAAGCUGUUGGUGGAAAUACGGUCACUGUGAAAGAAUUAGAAUGGCAUUUAGCCGAACUAGGUGUAUUAGAGUCGAAAUUAACUAAAGAUCCAUCGAAAAGAAUGAAUAUUAAACUGGCUCAUAGUAAUCGUAUCAAACAUAUAGGUGAAGAAUUGUCUGAUGACGAUGAGGAGGAUCAUGAGACCGACGAUGAUGAUUAUUAAAGAUCAUUUCCAAUAGAGCAAUUGAAAUGAUUUUCUUGGCUCAUGCUCAAAAACUUGCAGACUUCUUUCUUUUUCGCG